UCUAGAUUUUGUGGAGAACUAUUAUUACUUGGUGGCUAAACAUGAUGUAAUCGUCCACUUAGCAACCUAAAUCUUUAAAGAAGAAUUUAGCUUUUAGUCACACUGUUGCUCUUCAUUUGGCUGUAUUUGAUGGGAGACUUAACUGAACAGUCUUAUUGAUGUGGAUUAGAAAAGCAGAAAGAUUGAAUUCGUCGUUAAAUGAAGGAUAAAUCUAGUACUUCGACAGCAAAAUAACCUAAUGCGAGUGUUGAUCAGUCGAAUAAGUACUUCGGGGAUCAUCAUUACGAUUAUCAUUCUUCACUUUGAAAGAUUGCAAUGAAUGGUACCAUCAAUAAUAGAACGGCUACACUUCCACCUCAACCUGCCAGUGGGUUAUCAAGAAGCAUCAUAUUCUAUGGCCUCGCUCCUAUAAUCACUUCGUGUAUCUUCUACAUCAUCAUCAUCGUUCUUGCCAUAUUUGGAAAUGCGCUUGUGGUUGGUUCGUUCAUUCGUCAUCGUCAUCUACGAACAUAUACGAACUACUUCGUAGCGUCGAUGGCUGUAGCGGACAUAACAGUCGGAGCUGUAUCGAUUCCAAUGUGGUUGACCAUCUUACUGCUUGCUCCCCGUGACCGCGUCUUUUCACAAGUUUAUUUUUUCUUGGAUGCUUUCUCGGGGACCACUUCGAUUCUUCAUCUGAUGGUGAUCAGCCUUGAGAGGUUUUUCGCCAUCACGUAUCCCGUCCGCCAUCGCAACACCAGUGCAAAUGUCUACUACUUGUUUCUCGUGUUCGUUUGGUUCCUGCCAGCAACCAUGUGCGGGAUUUCUCUCGAGCUGAAAAAAACUCAAAGACAUCUAAAUAUCAUGAUACUCUUUGUAGCUUUCUUUGUGAUUCCUUUGCUUGUCAUCUUAUUUGCAUAUGGCGGGAUCUGGAAAGUGGUUCGUAACCGCGUCAUGCCUCAAGAAGGACAAUCUGGUCAGCGGUCUCUCAAACGCGACAUGCGCGUUAUCGUAACCAUAGCCUUAGUAAUCUUGUUCUUCGUAAUCGCCUGGUUACCAUUCUUUAUCGUUAAUGUUGUAACCAUCUACUGCCCAUCCUGCAAAACCUUCAAUCCUCAUUUAAUUCUCUUCAUGAAAUUCAUGCAUUAUUCCAAUUCAGCCGUCAAUCCCGUGGUAUAUGCCGUCAAGAUCCCAGAAUUCCGUCGGGCCUUCAGGCAGCUGGUUGGUCUAUGUCUGUGCCGCGCGAAUAGCCUCCGACCACGUGACAAUGAACUGUUUUCGGGCACAGACGCAAGAGUUGGCCAGAAGGGUUCACACUAACCGAGACAUUAAAUAAACAUUCAUCUCCCUGCGCAUGCGUGAUUGCUCGUUCCCAGGCCUACUGAGGAACGUUCCAUGCGUUGACUUUAUGGACAAAGUUGUGCCCGACCUCAAAGAAUUUAGAAACAAAUACGAACAUGAAUAUAAAUAUAAAUAUUGCUUAUAUUAAUCUCGUGAUCUUUAGUCCUAUUAUUCAACUCAGUUUAUUCUUAUUUUGAACUUCCAAGCCUGCAUAAUGUAAUCAGAAAAAAUAACAUGAAAGAUGCUAGCUGAAAGAAAGAAAAAAAAAAAUCUAACGAGUAUAAUUUCAAUAAAGUUAGAGGGAAAGUACUUAAAGAAACAAGGAUGUGUUGGGUUGAUUACAGAUUU